AUGCGUUAUUGGUCAGACAGCAAUCCACACGUACUCCAUGAGUCAUCAUUGCAUCCCGAAAAAAUUAAGGUUUGGUGCGGUUUAUGGGCCGGCGGCGUCAUUGAGCCGCACUUCUUCCGUGAUGAUCGCUACCGUUCAAUGAUAACAGAAUAUUUUUGGCCCCAAUUGGAUGAUAUGGACUUGGAGGACAUGUGGUUCCAACAGGACAGCGCCACAACAAAAUCCUUUAAUGUAUUUCCACCCCUAUACGAUUUUGAUGAUUACGAUGCUUGUCUCAAUAGUGAAACUUCAAAAUUCGAAACAACCUACUGUAUGAUUUAUGCCGAAAUAAAACCACAAAAUUCCUCAAAUUUAUGGAGGCAAAUCUCUAAACAUACGGACGAAUAUAAAUUCCAUUACAGGCGUGAUCGUCUGUUCUUUGGUGUUUGCAUGGAACGUUGUAAAAACUUUCCAAAAAUACUGGAUAAUUUGCCAUACAACAAUGAUAGUAAAGUAAUCAAUAAGAUAACACAAUUUUUUGAUGUGGUUCACAAACGUCCCCUUGAUCUUCAAAUGCGCUCUGAAUAUCAUGAAUUAGUUCAUAAUUGCUUGAAUUCACAAUUCCAAGAGAAAUUUGGCUUAAACUUAAGAACAUACAUUGAGUAUUGUGAGCGACCCAAGGAAACUAUUGAAAAAGAUGGUCCCGAAAAAGUACUUUACAAGUUUUUACAAAUAAUUAUAAUUUUAAAUAUCUUGUCAACUCUUUACGACUCCUGUUUAAAAAGAAGACAGCCAGCAGAGCUACAGAAUGCGGAUUAUUACAAAGUAACUCCCCAACAACCUGUUUCCACCCUCUUAACGGCAUUUUCAAUACGCCGCAACUAUUAUCGUCUUGUUGAACCACCCACCAGUCAAUUGGGUAUGGACUUGAGUUAUUUAGAUGGCAUACGUUCGAUUUGUGCCAUUUUAGUGAUUGUUGGUCAUGCAUUUUUCGUUCAAUAUCAUCAUGUUAAAAAUCCAGAAUUUUUUGAAAAUUUUGCCAAAAGUCCGCUACAUUUGUGGUUCACAAAUGGCACGUUACUCUUGGAAAUUUUUCAUGUUUUGAGCGGUAUGCUGUUGUAUAUAAAAUUUAAAGAAAUUUUUAAAAUAACUCCCGAUUCGAGUGGUAGGAAUUGUGUUAAGGCUUUCGGUAAAGGAAUGAUGAUGCGUUAUAUUAGAUUUCUUCCUUCAUUGCUAUUGUUUAUAUUCGUAAAUGCGACUUUCUUUACCCGCCUGCAAGAUGGUCCAUUUUGGCGUCAUUUAACUGAACCGGUUCGCACCUUUGCUCGUGAAAAGUGGUGGAAGAAUUUAUUAAUUUUUGAUAAUAUUUCGGAAAGUGUAAGUAUAUAUUGUUGGGCAUUAUGUAUGUAA